UCCCGGCGGGGCCAAGCUGCAGCCAUGGCGGUCACCGCCGAGGGCGCCCGCAGGAAGGAGCGUGUCCUCUGCCUGUUUGAUGUGGACGGGACGCUCACGCCAGCUCGCCAGAAAAUUGACCCAGAGGUAGCUGCCUUCCUGCAGAAGCUUCGCUCUCGGGUGCAGAUUGGCGUGGUGGGUGGUUCUGAUUACUCCAAGAUCGCGGAGCAGCUGGGCGAAGGGGAUGAAGUCAUCGAGAAGUUUGACUAUGUGUUUGCUGAGAACGGGACGGUGCAGUACAAACAUGGACGGCUGCUCUCCAAGCAGACCCUCCAGAGCCACCUGGGGGAGGAGCUGCUGCAGGACUUGAUCAACUUCUGCCUCAGCUACAUGGCCCUGCUCAGGCUGCCCAAAAAGCGGGGCACCUUCAUCGAGUUCCGGAGCGGCAUGCUGAAUGUCUCCCCCAUCGGCCGGAGCUGCACCCUGGAAGAGAGACUCGAGUUCUCCAAGCUGGACAAGAAGGAGAAGAUCCGGGAGAAGUUCGUGGAAGCGCUCAAGACAGAGUUUGCUGGCAAAGGGCUAAGGUUCUCUCGAGGAGGCAUGAUCAGCUUUGACAUCUUCCCCGAGGGCUGGGACAAACGUUGCUGCCUGGACAGCCUGGACCAGGACAGCUUUGACACCAUCCACUUCUUCGGGAACGAGACCAGCCCCGGCGGGAAUGACUUUGAGAUCUACUCCGACCCCCGGACCGUGGGGCACAGCGUGGUCUCCCCACAGGACACAGUGCGGAGGUGCCGUGAGAUCUUCUUCCCUGAGACCGCCCACGAGGCCUGAGGGGCCACAUGUGUCCCUCGUGACUUC